GUAACAUGUCGAUAUGCUUAUUGGUCAUCGUAAAUUUUUAAUAUUCUUAUUUUUAAGUAAUUGUAUUUUUCAUAAUAUUACCGCAUCUGAAAGUGUUGCCACUAAAAAAAUCGUGUGUUACAUCGGCACCGAUUGUUCGAAACGACUCGGAAGAGGUUCUUUUCAUAUCAAUGAUUUGAAUGCGGAUCUCUGCACUCACGUCAUUUUGGGAUUUGCCCGAUUGAAAGAUGAGCGAACUAUUGACCUUUUAGCUAGUUGGAUUGAAUUUAUGAAAGACACCAACAUAACAAGCGUUAAAAAGAAAUUUCCCGGUGUUAUAUUUAUGGUGGCUGUAGGCGGUUGGUAUAACGGCGUUCAACCGUUUAUUAAAUUUACCGAUCACAAAGAAAAUCAAAAAAUUUUCGCCCAAACUGCUCUCGAUUUUGUUAAAAAACACAAUUUUGAUGGGUUAGAAUUGUGUUGGUUGUAUCCUACAAAAAGAGGUGGUUAUAUAAGUGAUCGAAAAACUUUUGUCGAAUUAUUAAAAGCAAGUAAUAAAAUUUAUAUAUAAUAAUAAU